GGGCCCUGCGGUGUUGUUAAUUGCGCGAAUCUGAUAGGGCAUUGUUUUGGGGGGUUCGUAGUUGUGGUUUCAGAGCAUGAGAUGGAAUGGUUUUAGUACGGGGUUGGCGGUGAUCACGAACGGGUGAAGAGUAGGAAGGGACACGGUGAGCAGGUUCUUCUUGCAUGGUUGGUUAAAAGAGCAGCAGUACUGGCAGAGAGAAGGACUCUAAAUAUAAGAAACCCAUGAACGCUUGAUCAUGUAAGAACUUCUCACUGUGACUUUCAAAGGAGCGAAUUAAGGACAGAGUUUAUGGGUAAUUUUUCUGUUGGAAGAGACCUUCACCAACCCAAGAUAUCACCCCAAAAAACUGUAGGCCUACUUUUUGUCGCGCUGGAACAGAACUUUUCAAGAUUUAAAAGUUUGUAGCUUUAAUUGUUCUUACGCCGUUUCCCCGGAGAACGAAGGAGGAGUUUGGUGUGAGUUAUUGUACACCUGAUGGAGCCAAGCCACGUCCAUUCCGACCAACUCAACCCCCUCUCAUCGACACCACCACUGCACCCACCCCAUCCAUCACAGCACCACAACCCAGCCACACCCAACCACACCCAGCACCACACCCAGCAUCCCCACCACCUCAUCCCAACAACACCCAUCACCACUUCACCGAGAACCAGACCCGAGCUGAUCAACCUAGUCCCCGAGGAGACCGAGGAGGAACGCGAACGGGAGAUGGCACAGCGCAAGACGGCCAGCGACCGGGAGCGGACCCGCAUGCGAGACAUGAACGACGCCUUCGAGAUGCUCAGAGCCAAGCUGGCCCACCGGAAGCAACCGGGCAAGAAGAUGUCGAAAAUACAAGCUUUACGGUUUGCUAUUGAGUAUAUGUCGGACUUGGAGGAGACCCUAACCAUGACGACACGGCUGCCGGGGGCAGGUGGGGCGUACUACCAGUGGGCAAGGACACGAGGUUUCAUUUGGGCACGAGAGAAGGCCAAGCUACCCGAAUACCACAACCUUCCCCAGAUCACCACGGACGGCAACGGGAACUGUCUCCCGGCCCCCACCGACCCCCAGUCUCAGCUCAUGUGUCCCGUACUCAACGUGGAGCCGUACGGUGCUGGAGCCGGGACGCAGGACGUUGGCUACCCACCAGCUGGCAUGCAGUACACGCUCCAAUCGCCGAACGAUGUCACGCUAAGACCGUAGUAGAGGCUUGGGGGAAAACGGGGGUUAAAUUAUUUUGUUUUCUAAAAGGAUUCCCUUGCAUAUUAUGGGCCAUUCGGAAUAUUCAAUGUUUUUGAAAAUUACGAAAUUGUGGGUGAUGUGUCGAAUUCAGCUUUUAUUUAAAGGCACUGGACACUAUGGGUAAUUACUUAAAAUAAUUUUU